UGCCUGCGAAGCUGCAACCCCUUCCCCGGAUGCUCCGGCCCGGCGGCGCUGCCCUCCGUGGACAGGUGGGCGCAUCCCGGGCCUGACGGAGGAGCAGUCGGGCACGUGAACUCCCACCUCCAAUUUGGCUCCGUGCCGGGCGGCGGCGGCUGCAGCCCCGCGGUGGGGGCGGCCCCCGCGGUCUCCGCCCGGCUCCUGCGCGCCGCCUCUGCUCUUUGCAUAGUAAUUUCAGUUCCUGCGAGCACCCAGCUAGCUCCCGGAACGGGGCGAAAAAGGACCGCCGCUCCGGAGCCCGCCGCAGCUAUCCGUGUGGCGCCGGGAGCCGCCGCUUGGGAUAUGCGACGGGAAACCCCUGCCACAGCGCAGGCAGCGGCCCCGCGGCGCCGGGGAGAGCCCAGCGAGAGCAGAUUGAUCCUUCAGAGGAAUCGUCCCUGACUCCGUCCCUACACUGAGCUAAAACUGCUUCCCAGGUGGAACACUGUUCCGGGGAGAGCUCUGAGGAUUUCCUGAAGAAGAAUUCCAUGGGGACUGUACCUGACCCUUUGAGAUCAGCUAAAACUUCCUUGAUCACAGCUUCUGGAAAAGAAGAGGAUCUAGGAGAAGUGCAGGCUGCCUCCCCUCGGUCUCUACCAGCCGUCUUGUGUGAGAACACCAAUGGCCUUUCCAGCACUCCUGCAGAGCCAGACCUCAGCCCCAGUGCAGCUGCUGAGGUCCUGAUGCAGGCCUUUGAGCAUGAGACCACCCAGCCAGACAUGUCUUCUCCUGGUGUCUUCAAUGAGGUGGAAAAAGUGUCUCCUCCAUGCAGUUCUGACAAUACCCAGCUGCCAGGAAGCAGUGAGCCCACAGCACCAGCCCCAUGUUCUGCAGCAGGAAAGGAUCUCAUAGACGAAGCAUUUACAAUGCCAGCCAACCAACACACCCACCAGGCGACCCCAAGUGACCAGCUCAAUGCCAGCCCCUUAUCAGGACCUGAAGAUACUCUGCUGAAAACACAGAGAACCUCGGAUGGGAAGAUUCUUGAAAAACCUGAAAAGUCACAUUGCCCUGUGGGAAGCACCCAGAGCAACAGCAAAGACCAAGUGCCCUGUGAUUUUUCUUCUCAAAAAACAAUCCAGGGAAUGCUGCAGACUGCAAAUACAGCAGCCAAGGUGUUCAGUCACCCCUCGUCUCCUGUAGGCCAACCCAAAGGGGCAAGGCCAGGAGCCAUAUGCGACUCCCAGACAAGGUCCUGUGACUCUCCCGUGAAAGAAGGAUGUUCAGGGAACAAACAGCCCUCAGCCACCACCUCAGACAGCCAGUCCAUGACUUCUGUGACACCUCAACCACCCCACCUCACUAGCAAAGUCUCCACACGUCCUCCAGAUCAGGUGUCAAGGUUCAAAGAAGCAAGUACAAUGACCAACGAAGCUGCAAGUGAGGUCACGGAAGCUCCCGACAGGGCUCGGCAAGAUGCUGGGGUGCAGGCAGUGGCAAGUGUGGAGAGCAGAUCGGUCUCCACCAGCCCCAGCAUCCUCGCUGCAUUCUUAAAGGAAACCCCAAUUCCUGAGCGUUUGGAACAAGAGCAGCUGCGUGUCAUUUGCAAUGGCAGCGGCAGUGGGAGCCACAGGCUGGAGCUAUCUGACAACAUCCACUCCCCCCAAGGGUCAGGUCCGUGCCCCGGCAUCAUGCCAGAAGUGCACAUCCAGGCAGCUGCCGCUGUUUCCACAGCUCUCCUAGGGGAAUGCAAAUUGGGGAGCUUACCGAGUGAGGUCCUUAAGAUCUCAUCCAUCACCGUGGCAUCCAGUAAUACUCAGGAUCUGUGUAAGGAAGAUACAGGGUCUGCGGGAAUGACCCCAGCAAGGGAAGAGCCCACCUCUAAACAGCUUUCAGGUGUGAAUUCCAGGUCCCUGAAAGCCAGCCCCACUGACCAGAUUUCUUUCAGUGCGGGAAGUCAAACCGAAACAAAUCAUGAAUUGAGGAAAGUUGAAACCAAGCCAUCUGAGUUUGCAGUGAAAACCACAGAUGGUCACGAAACAAACCCAGACUGCCAACUCUCUGACUCUUGUGGUCCUGCCAACAAAGCCGACCAGCCCGGGAGCCUGGAUCCCACUGACAAAGGAGAUGCAAGAGAGAAGCAGCCGGCAUCUCCUCAGAUAGUAAAACAAGAAUGUAGAGGCACCGAUAUCCUUGAUGCCAGGGCCAGGGCAGAGGCCAAAACCCUGCUGCUCAAUCCUAAAUCUCAAGAAAGUGGAGGCACUGGGUCAGCUGCUAGUCCUACGCCCUCCCCAGUGAGGAAGAACCAGGAGGGUACCCUGGAGGAAAAUAGACAGACCAAGACAGCCACCAGCCUGAGCCUCCCAUCUGAUUCCAUGGGUGACUCCAGUCCAGGUUCUGGCAAGAGGACCCCUUCUCGCCUGGUCAAAGCCAGCCCACGGCGGGCCAGCCGAGUCAGCGAGUUCCUCAAGGAGCAAAAGUUAAAUGUGACCGCGGCUGCCGCCCAGGUGGGACUCACCCCAGGAGAGAAGAAAAAGCAGCUGGGCGCCGACUCCAAGCUGCAGUUGAAACAGUCCAAGCGUGUCAGGGAUGUCGUGUGGGAUGAGCAGGGCAUGACCUGGGAAGUGUAUGGUGCCUCCCUGGACCCAGAGUCCCUGGGUAUCGCAAUCCAGAACCAUCUACAAAGACAAAUCAGGGAACAUGAGAAAUUAAUCAAAGCUCAAAACAGCCAGACCCGGAGAUCCAUUUCCUCAGAUACUUCUUCAAAUAAAAAGCUCAAAGGAAGGCAGCACAGUGUUUUACAGUCCAUGCUGCAGAACUUUCGACGCCCCAACUGCUGUGUUCGUCCUGCCCCUUCUUCUGUGCUAGACUGAAAGAGAAUGUGUAUGGGAACCCUUGUGUAUACUUACGGUAUUCCUAAGUGUCUCUAUUUGUCAAAGCUUACUUAGUUUUUGUUUUUUGUUUUUUGUUUUUUGUUU